UGUUGAGGUACCUGUAAUGGAGAAAGCACCUCCUGGAGCCAUCCUCUUGCUGAUGCUCUUCGCCCAUUCAUGUGCCGUAGCUCUGAAUGCGACGAACGACCCUGGAGCAGAUGAAUUCCACGUCGGGGUGAUCCUGGACCUGGGAUCGUUAGUUGGCAAGGAAGCAAGGACCAGCAUCUCAAUGGCUGUGGAGGACUUCUAUGCAUCGCAUAAAAACUACAGAACAAGGUUGGUUCUCCAUGUCAGGGAUUCCAGGGGUAACAACUUCCAGGCUGCAUCAGCAGCUCUUGACCUUCUCAACAAUUACAAUGUGAAAGCUAUCAUUGGCCCUCAGAAAUCUUCAGAAGCAUUUUUCAUGACAGAUAUUGCAAAUAUAAGUGAAGUACCUGUCAUAUCCUUCACCACAACAAGUCCAUCCCUUACUUCUGACAAUAAUCCAUAUUUUUUGCGUGCAACAAUAAAUGACUCCACGCAAGUGAAUAGCAUUGCCUCUCUAAUCAAGUACUAUGGAUGGAGAGAGGUGGUUCCGAUCUACAUAGACACUGAUUAUGGCAGAAGUAUUAUACCGGACCUUCUUGAAGCACUCCAAGGUAACGAUGCCCGUGUUCCUUAUCAGAGUAUAAUCCCUCAGUCAGCAACAAGUGAGCAAAUCACCCAGGAACUAUACAAGUUGAUGACAAUGCAAACGAGGGUCUUUAUUGUACAUAUGACCUCUCCCAUGGCCUCUGUUCUCUUCACAAAGGCAAAAGAGGUAGGGAUGAUGGAUAAAGGAUAUGUAUGGAUCGUAACAUUUGGAGUGGCCAGUUUAAUUGGAUCACUAAACCCAUCAGUUUUGGAAGCUAUGAAUGGUGCCCUGGGUGUAGGGGUCUAUGUUCCUAAAUCAACAGAACUUGACAACUUCACUGUAAGAUGGAAUACAAGAUUCCGAAUGGACAACCCAAAUGAUCCACUGUUGAAACUAAGUAUAUUUGGCCUAUGGGGCUAUGAUACAAUCUGGGCAGUAGCACAAGCAGUAGAAAAGGCCAAGUCUACAAAAGACACAGUCCAGAUACAGCAUAUGACAAACAGCAUGACAAGCUUGAAAGUCCCCAAAGAAACUGAAAAUGGCCUCAAGUUCCUCAAUGCAAUUUUGCAGUAUAAAUUUAGGGGUUUGAGUGGUUACUUUGACCUUUCUGGCAGGCAAUUGCAGCCUUCCACAUUUCAAAUAAUAAAUAUAGUUGGGAAAGGAUGGAGAGAUGUUGGGUUUUGGACUGCACAAGAUGGAUUUUCACAGCGAUUAACCAGACCAAGAUCAAAUGGGACAUAUUUAAGUACAAAGCCUGACCUAAACCCUGUGAUUUGGCCAGGAGAAUCUACAAAUAUACCUAGGGGCUGGGAAAUUCCAACGAGUGGAAAGAAGCUUCAGGUUGGUGUAUGCACAAGUGAUGGAUACCCAGAGUAUAUAUACGCUGAGAAGGAUCCUCUUAUCGUGGGUAUGACUAAAGCAAGUGGCCUUGCAAUUGAAGUGUUUGAAGAGACAGUAAAGAGGCUUCCUUAUGCACUCCCUUAUGAAUAUGUAUUCUACAACACUACAGAGAAUAUAAGUUCGAGCUAUGAUGAUUUUGUGUACCAAGUUUAUCUCAAGAAAUAUGAUAUAGCGGUUGCAGACAUAACAAUCACAUACAAAAGAUCUUCGUAUGCCGACUUCAGUCUGCCAUACACAGAAUCAGGCGUAGCAAUGGUUGUUCCAGUCAGAAAAAGAAUAAACACGACGACAUGGAUUUUCUUGAAGCCACUAACAUUUGGAAUGUGGUCUGCGAGCAUCAUACUCUUUAUCUACACAGGGGUUGUUGUAUGGCUGCUGGAGUUUCUUGGUAACAACAAGGCUGUUCGUGGCCCAAUUCCCAAACAGAUGGUUAUGAUAUAUUUUUCCCUGUUUGUAAAGAAGGAGAUGGUGGAACGCCUUCUGUCCCGGAUAGUGUUGAUCAUAUGGUUAUUUUUUCUUCUGGUACUAACAUCAAGUUACACAGCAAGUUUGACAUCAAUGCUAACUGUACAACAGCUUCAGCCAACUGUAACCGAUGUACAUGAACUCCUAAAAAAUGGAGAAUAUGUAGGUUAUCAGGGUGGUUCCUACGUCAAGGAUCUUUUAGAUGAACUUGGUUUUGACAAAUCGAAGAUCAGGCAAUAUGAUAGCACUGACGGUUUUCGAGAUGCACUUUCUAGGGGAAGCAGCAAUGGUGGUAUUUCCGCCGUUGUGGACGAAAUCCCAUACAUCAAACUAUUUCUUGCAAAGCACUGUGAGGGGUACACAAUGGUUGGACCAAUUUAUAAGACAGCAGGCUUUGGAUUUGCAUUCCAAAAGGAAUCCCCUCUACGUGGUGACAUCUCGAAGGCAAUCCUCAAUAUAACUGGGGGAGACACUAUCAUUCAGAUAGAGAAUAAAUGGAUUGGAGAUCAAAAUAAGUGCCGAAAUGUGGGUCCUGUCACUAUUUCGGGUAGUCUAACCUUUGAAAGUUUUAAGGGUCUCUUCAUUCUUACUGGAAUUGCCUCAACUUCUUCGCUUUUGAUCGCUCUGGUUAUUUAUUUCUACAAAAACAAGCAAGUUCAAUCUGGAAUUGGAGAUGCAGAGCAAGAUUUUCCACAAGAAUUUAAAGCAGACACAAUUGAGGAAGAGAAGGAACAAGAAGAAACUGGAGCAAAAGGGAAACAAAACAUGAAUCUGCAAAACAGCACGGUUAAGCGCAGUGCAUCUAUUGUCAUUCAUAGGGGCGAGAGAGCUACUGGAGCACGAGUAGUACCAAUCUCAGGUUCGGCUCGAUUUUAGCACAGCGGAAUUCUUAAUAAACGCAGGAAAACUCAUACAUCCGGAAUAGUUUAUCGAUUGGUGAGGUGGCUUGACGGAAAAUGGGCGAUUGCUUUCAUCGUUUAAAGGUUCAUCUAAUGAAGUUCAGCUAAGAUUGCUUUUGUCCCCUUAAACAUUUUGCAUAGUAUCUCAAAGCUUAGGUCUUACAAUAUUAUACAAACAUCAGGAGGCUCUCCUCUGGUGGAAAUUUCCUUUUCCUUUUCAGAUUAAAAUAGCUUGGUGUGCUAAAUUGUACCCCAUGUUCCAGAGACAGGACAAAUAAAACCAUUUGAUUUGGCA